UGUCGCAUUCAGUUAUUAUUGAGGAAAAACACAGCGCUGUUUUUCAUGCUAACGAUACUUCUGUCACCACCAGGUAUUACCGACCGGCAGAACCAUGUCAGAGCCCAACAAACAGGACAUCUCUGCUAUUUUUAAGCGACUGCGCUCCAUUCCUACGAAUAAGGUUUGCUUUGACUGUGCAGCUAAAAACCCCAGUUGGGCCAGCAUCACCUAUGGUGUAUUCCUAUGUAUAGACUGCUCAGGCACUCACCGGUCUCUGGGGGUACACCUGAGCUUUAUCAGGUCUACUGAGCUGGAUUUUAAUUGGUCUUGGUUCCAGCUAAGAUGUAUGCAAGUGGGAGGCAAUGCCAGUGCGAUUUCUUUUUUCAAUCAACACGGAUGCACAACCAGUGCUGCCAAUUCCAAGUACAACAGCCGAGCUGCUCAGCUGUACAGAGAGAAGAUAAAAAAUUUAGCCACACAAGCCACCAGACGCCACGGCACUGAGCUGUGGCUCGACAGUCAGGCUCCUCUCUCUCCAACAUCACCAGAGGACAAGCAGGUGGAUUUUUUCAGUCUGCAUUCACAGGGUGUUCCUGAAAAUUUGAACAUGGCCAAAAUGAGUCUCAGUGCCUCCACAUCAGAGAAGAGUUCAACCACAGAAAAAGAGGACGACAAAAAUGGUAAUCCAGAGGGUCCAAGUGUCGACAUGCUGAGUGUUUCUCCAAAAGCAAAUCCAGAGCCGUCCUCUCUUCUCAAGAAGAAGCCAGCCGCCGCCAAGAAAACGUUGGCUUCUAAAAAGGGUGGUCUGGGUGCUCAGAAGGUUAGCAGCCAGAGUUUCUCAGAGCUGGAGAAGAAGGCUCAAGCUGCCGACAAGCUGAGAGAGAAAGAAGAGAGCACUGCGGGUACCAGGAAAAAUAUUCAACCUCAGGAAUCUAUCGCCCCAUCUCUGCGACUGGCCUAUAAAGAUCUUGAGCAGCAGAGGAAAAAAGACGAGCAGAAGCUGAAGGGAUUAGAAGGGAAUAAGAAGGAGCAAGCUGAGAGACUGGGCAUGGGUUUAGGCAUCAGGAGUGGAGUUUCUCACUCUGUGACAUCGGACAUGCACAUCAUUCAGCAGGAGAAUCCACUGCGGGGAAAGACCACCAAAGGGCGGCGGUACACUGAGGAAGAUGAUGACGAAGGGUCCUUCACCUCUAGGAUCCUGUCCCGGUUUGAGGAUCAAACUGAACUGUCUGAUAAUUUCUCUUCACGCUGGGGUGAUGGAGGCGAUGGAGGAGGCUGGAUAAAGGAGAGCAAGAAACCAGAACCAGACUUCUACUUGUCCUCCACUAUGUCUUCACUUGAUGACAGGCCCACAUCCAGGAGGAAACCAGAACCAGUGCCGGUGUCAGACUCAGGAGAAGCUCGGAAAAAGUUUGGAGAUGAUGUCAAAGCCAUCUCCUCUGACAUGUACUUUGGAAAACAAGACAACUCUGAGUAUGAGGCCAAAACACGCCUGGAACGAUUUGCUGGGAGUGCCUCUAUAAGUUCAGCAGACCUUUUUGAUGAUCCAAAGAAACAGACUGCGAGUUCGUACCGUUUGACCAACGUGCUGCCCAAUGCUCCUGACAUGUCGCAGCUCAAACUGGGAGUGCGCUCAGUCGCAGGAAAACUCUCUGUCAUGGCCAGCGGCGUAGUUAGCUCAAUUCAGGAUCACUACAGUUCCUGAGUCAUGGUGUGUCUCCUCUUAGACUGUAGCCGUCCUCUGAUUAUCAGAGUUGGACCAUUUUCCCAAUGAGUGGUGGUUCCUUAUCUGGGAGAGAGAAGGAGAAAGAUCAAUCAGUGCUCUGAGCAAAUCUGCUAGAGGACACAUAAAAAUGUACCCCCAGAUUACCCUGUAUACAUCUACAUCUAGUUUUUUAUUAGAGAAUGUAUAUAUACAACAGUGGUUAGAAUCAAGAUGACUUAAGCACAAUAUUUGUUCCUCUGCUGGCAUCUUGAAGGGAGAUUUCUCUGUAUAGUACAGUCAUGAAGAAUAUAUAGUUUGCAGUAUAUUAGUUUGCUUUGUGGUCUUGGGGUUUAAAUAUUUAGAAAUACUGUAUGUAGCAGUCUGAGAGGAUUUCAGGCAUCAUGAAGGAGGGAUUUUCUUUUUGAUUCCUUUGGUUAAUGAGCAGCAGAGACAGUUUAAUUGCAAGUACUUAAUUGGUUAACACACACUCACUCAUCACAUGCACUUUGUAGUGUACUUUUUUUUUGUAAGUCUUGCACAUUCCCACAGGUUUGAAAGUGUCCUUUCCGUCCCCAAAGUGCACUUACUUUUGCUCUUCCACAGACAGGACCAAAAGCUGAUAAUGAGGCCUUAGGGGACCUGAUAUAUAUUUCCUCAUUGAAUAUAAUAUCCAUUAUAUGAAUUGAUAUUGGCCUCAUUCGCACAUAACCUUUGUUAACUUGCAAAUAGCUACAUUUCUUUAUUUUCUUCUUCUUUUUAUAGGUCAUACAUCUGUAGUCCAAAAGGACAAGAUGACUUAGAGCUUAAGCAGCUAUAAAAGUUUAAAGAUAUUUUUUCAUGUUUGCACUCAUUUGCCUUUUUUGGCAAAAAUUAGAUGAGGAGAUUGAUACCACUCUUGUAUUUUUGCGUUUUAAUUAAUGGACUUUAGGGGUGUUGCUAGGUGGAGUUUGUUACCUGUGGACUGAGCCAGGCUAGCUGUUUCCACCCUGUUUCCAGUCUGUUUGCUGAGCUAAGCUAACUGGCUCUAGACUGUAGCUUCAUAUUUACGGACAGAUGUGAGAGUUCUAUCAAUCUUCACAUCUCACUCGUCAAGAAAAUGUCAACCUCUUCCUUAAAAAAAAGAAAAGAAAAAAAAAAGUAAUUUCUGUUGUCUUGAAUUAGACACUAUAAAUAUGUUGCAAUUAAGCAUUUGGCCAACCUUGUAAUAUAUAUAUAUACAAUAUAUAUAUAUAAAUAUAGUUUUAUUGAAUUUGGGAGGUUACUUUUAAUGAUUUUUUUUGGUUUGGUUUUUUCUUUGUUUUGACGUUUGCGAUUAAUUCCUUGGUUGCGCCCAUUGGUAUAUUAUUUAAUGGCACUCACUCAGAAUUUCCUGAUGCUGUGGGACAUUUUUGCCACUUUCAGGCCCCAUUGUGCAACACAUGUCCACUUAAAAAAAAUGAAUGUAAACGAUCCCUUUAAAGCGAAGUUCAUCUUUUGUUGCUGUAACAUACUGCCAAGGUCCAAGUGAUAUAUUUAAUUAUGUCAAAUAUAACAGAGGCGGUGAUGAGACACAAAGAGUGCACAGGUGGUGCUAUAUUGUGCUUUGGGAUUUGACCUUUAAAAGCAAUAGAAAAGCAGCUUGAUAUCUAUAUAUGGCUUUGGUGUUGAAGAACUACAGCUUGCGCGUUUAGCAUUUAUCUAAAGUUUACUUAUGAGUUAAGGCACUAGUGUUAUUGAAGCCCAGAUUGGGAACAGGAUGAUUAUAUUACUGAGCAAUUUCCGUACUGUUUAUGCUUCUCAGGAGUGUGAUUUGACAUGUUAAAUAUGAAACACUAUGAAGGAGUUAUACAUCUUUCAAUGACCAAAUAUUUUUUAACUCCAUCACUAUAUGCCUUAGUCCAAAGAUCUCUUAAUCAUCCAUCCUAAAAUAUUGUGGAGUCAUCCGGUUCCCUUUUUGCACAUAAUUUGUUAGAAAUUGCACGUGGCAGCUUUUGCUUGAAUGUACUGUAUUGCAGUUGAACCUUUGCCUCUAACUUGAUGAUGCGUCCAUGUUUCACUUCAGUUUUGUUUUACUUUGUAAGAUUGUGUCUUUUGCUGUUGAAUAUUGCUAAAUGUUACAUAAAAGAAUAGCAGCUUGUGUAAUUUGCAUGGCCCUUGAAGUUAUUUGAACACCCUGACAACAGCAAGAGUACAAGAUAGCAUACAUUUGCUAUGACCCAUUCAUUUAAACAAUAAUGGAAUAACAGAAUUGCUCACUAAUAACUGUAUAGUAGGCUUGGAACUGCUGCAUACAAUCUUGUGUAGGGCUUUGAAUUACCAUUUAUAGAAAGCUAUUGAUAAUCAAAUUUUGACAAUUUUUGACACUCAAGAUGUAAGUAAACUUUUUGGAAACAUGCCUAAUAAAUGGCUUGUGCCUAAACUC